UAACAUUUUAAUGUUCUUUUACAAACAUAAAAAGAUCAAAUUAAAAACCGGCUAUAAGAAAAAGUCCAAACACGACCAUUUCAUUGGGAAAAACCUACAAAUCUCCCAUCGACAGACCAGUUUUCAGCUCGAUGGAUUUUGACCGCUGACGCGUUGACACUAGACUUGACGUCUGUUAUUCUUCGAGUUGAUUUUCGUCCGUUAAUCGUUUAAAUUCAAAGACUGUGUGUACUGGUCGUUAUAGUGUUAAAACCUGCCGGAUUAGCCAGAAUUCACGAUGAAUCCAAGUAGGUUUAAUACUCCGAGUGCUAAAAAGCUGCGAAGAGAAAAAACUACGAUGUCGAAUAACUCGGACACUGAGAAGCACCCGGUGCAAGUUUACUGUCGAAUUAAGCCCCUAAUGGAAGGUGCAGAAAACACUUGCAUCAAAGUACUAGCAGCUGACACAUUGUGUCUUAAGACUCCGGAAUCCAAGGCAGUCAGAAAGGAAACCCAUUACAUAUUUAAGCACAUUUUCACUUCGUACUCGACCCAGUCAGAGGUGGUCACUCACGUCGCGUACCCCCUUUUAGAGGACCUUCUGAAUGGCAAGAAUGGUCUUUUGUUUACUUAUGGCGUUACGGGAUCGGGCAAAACAUACACUCUGACUGGAAAGCAAAAUGAUCCGGGCAUUAUGCCCAGGUGCAUUGAUACACUGUUUAAUUCCAUUGGUGAUUAUCAAGCGCCGAAAUAUGUGAUUAAGUCAGAUAAAAUGAAUGGGUUUGAGAUACAAACCGAAGAUGAGGCCUUUUCUGAACAACUGAACCUGAAAAGGACUAUGACUAACCCAAAACUUCAAAGAAAAGGAAGUUUUGAUAAAUUGUACGAGAAUGAUGGAACCGUAAUUCACAACGUUAACAAAAACAGCUUAUAUUCAGUAUUUGUGAGCUAUGUGGAGAUUUACAACAAUGGUGUCUAUGAUUUGCUAGAUGAAUCCUCAGGAAAAAGCCUUCAAAACAAAAUGCUGCGGGAAGAUAGUCGGAAAAACAUGUAUGUUAAUGGCGUUGUAGAAGUAGAGGUUAAAUCGGCAGAAGAAGCUUUCAGCUUAUUCAAUGCGGGACAAAACCGAAAAAAGAUGGCUUCAACUACAUUGAAUGAGGGCUCAAGUAGGAGUCACUCCAUAUUUAAUAUAAGAGUGGUCCAGUUGGAGCAAAUUACGUAUAAUGAAAAUGGCCAAGCAAUGGUUCCAAAUGAAAACAAAAUUGCGGUAGGUCAGCUAAGUUUCGUCGAUUUGGCUGGAUCUGAGAGAACCAAUAGAACGAACAACACAGGAAUGAGGCUGAAAGAGGCGAGCAGCAUCAAUAAUUCCCUGAUGUCUUUAAGGACUUGCUUUGAAAUGUUGAGGGAGAAUCAGACAAACAAAACGAAUAAGUUGGUUCCAUAUCGGGAUAGUAGAUUAACCUUCUUGUUCAAGCAUUAUUUUGAAGGAGAUGGCACUGUGAAAAUGAUAGUGUGCAUUAACCCAUCGGCGGAAGACUACGAAGAGAAUCUUCAUGUUCUCAAAUUUGCCGAAAUGUCCCAAGAAAUCAAGGUAGUCAAACCCGAAGUUAAUAGAUACACGCCUUCCGUUCAGCGAGUCGCAAUAAGUAAAGCAGCCGAAAACAAAACCCCGGCCAGGCUAAAAACUGCCUCGUCUUUCACUUUAUUGCCGCAAAUCCCUGUUGUUAAAUUUAACUUUGAUGAAUUAGAUGAAUGUCGUUCAGCCAUUCAAAAAGUAAUGAAGACCAUAAAAUUGAGGGAAUCUAAAGGAAAUAGUCUGGACAAAGAGAUUGAGGACAAGCAGAAGGAAUUAAGAAAACGGCUAGUCUCUUUAAAUGAACAGUCUGUGCUCAAUAGCGCUGAAAUUAAAAGCUUAAAGGGUGUAAUCCAUAAGGAGAAACAGCAGUUAAGAAACGUGCAUUUGAAAAUGACUGACUUGGAAUUCGGAAAUCGAGAUAUGCAGGGUAAAAAUGAAGAACUACAUGAUAUAAUACAAACCUUGAAAAAUGCGAUUAAUGAAAAGGAUUUGAAAAUCAAUCAACAUCAAUUGGAGAAGCAAAGAACGAAAAAGCAGUUGGUUAUGGCAAAUGAAAAAAUGACCCAGGAACUGGAUUAUAAACUGAGGAGACAACGAGAUCAUCUGAACGCUGCUAUGAAAGCAAAAGAUGAUAAACUGAGAAUGGUCAAAGGAAUUCUCGAUAGCGAAUUGCCUCCGGUUGAAUUUCAGGCGAUCGAGUUGGAAGAAGAACAUGUAAUCAAAUCGUUGGGCUCCCAAACCCCUCAGUCGUUAAAAAGUAACUCACACUUCCAUAGAAGAAACAUGAAUGAUGCGUCUGCUCCACGAAAACGAAGAUCGAAAUCGGCUGGUGAUGUGUGGCUUGAACACAACGUGAUCAAACCAUGUCCAUUGGACACUGUAAUGCAGCCUACAAUGAAGAAAAGAAAAUCGGUUUCCAAAUUGGACAAAGCCAGCGAUGUGACCAAUCCGAAGCAAAGUAAAUACUGCUUAUUAGCACAAGAACCUGACACUGAUGGUGAACUGGAGACUAAACUGUACAAAGCUGAUAUAGUGCCCACUUGUGGGGGUGGAGCUCAAGUUAUAUUCAAUGAUGUUGAGAAGUUAAGGCAAGAAUCGCCCACUAAACACUGAUAAAGUUAUUCAUAUUUCUGCUCAAGAACAAAUUUAUUGACUCAAGUAGGAAAGUCUGCAUUGAGAAUAAGCCAUUUGCACCAAAAUCAAUGAGCAUCAAAUGUUAGAUUUUGGGCUUACCCGUUAUGAAGUAAUUUUAAUGAGCGGCUGAUAUGGUACUUUUUCAGCGCGCACCACAAGGGCCGAGUUUUUGUACACAAUUUUGCUUGUUUUACGUAAGUUUUGUAAUGUAAGAGGUGGUACUUAAUAUACAUAAAUUUUUUGA